CAAGAUGGCAGCCCAGGUGCCGGGUUUACUGCGGGAGGUCUCGCGGUUAGAAGCACCGCUGGAGGAGCUGCGCGCGCUGCAUUCGGUACUGCAGACCGUGCCGCUCAGCGAGCUCCGGGAGCAGAUGGCAGAGAUGAGCCUCGGCCCGCUUUUCUCCCUGCUCAACCAGAACCACAGGGAGCAGACUACUUUGUGUGUAUCUAUCCUGGAGAGAUUGCUCCAAGCUAUGGAACCAGUUCACAUGGCUCGGAAUCUCCAGGUUGACCUGCAGAGAGGACUAGGACAUCCAGAUGACUCUGUAAAGAUCCUUACUUUGUCUCAGGUUAGAAGAAUCAUUGAAAAUUCUGAAGCUGUUACUGAGAUUGUAAAUAAUCCUGAAUUACUUAAACAGAUUGUUUACUGUAUUGGUGGAGAAAAUCUGUCUGUAGCUAAAGUGGCAAUCAGAUCCCUGUCAAGAAUAUCAUUAACCCAAGCUGGACUCGAGGCUUUAUUUGAAAGUAACCUGCUGGAUGAUUUGAAAAACGUAAUGAAAACUAAUGAUGUUGUACGCUACAGAGUAUAUGAGCUAAUUGUGGGGAUUUCUUCUGUGUCACCAGAAUCUCUAAACUAUUGUACGACCAGUGGAUUGGUAACCCAGCUCCUCCAAGAGCUGACUGGUGAGGAUGUACUCGUCAGAGCCACCUGUGUAGAAAUGGUGACAUCCCUGGCACAUACUUACCAUGGACGACAAUACCUGGCUCAAGAAGGAGUAAUUGACCAGAUUUCUAAUAUAAUUGUUGGGGCAGAUUCAGACCCUUUCUCUAGCUUCUAUUUGCCAGGCUUUGUGAAGUUUUUUGGAAAUCUGGCGGUCCUGGAUAGCCCUCAGCAGAUCUGUGAGCGUUAUCCUGUCUUUAUGGAAAAGGUCUUUGAAAUGACAGAAAGUCAAGACCCUACCAUGAUUGGUGUAGCAGUGGACACAAUUGGAAUCCUGGGAUCCAGUGUUGAAGGGAAACAAGUGUUACAAAAAACAGGAACUCGCUUUGAACAUACACUUAUGAAAAUAGGACAUCAAGCAAAGAAUGCGUCAACAGAAUUAAAAAUUAGAUGUUUGGAUGCAGUUUCAUCUCUUCUGUAUUUACCACCUGAACAGCACACUGACGACCUCCUGAGGAUGACAGAGUCCUGGUUUUCUUCCUUCUCUCAUAACUCAUUGGAGCUCCUCCGUGGCAUCAGUAAUCAACCCUUUCCUGAACUACGCUGUGCUGCCUUAAAAGUGUUCACGGCCAUCGCAAACCAACCCUGGGCUCAGAAACUUAUGUUUCACAGUCCAGGUUUUCUAGAAUAUAUUGUGGACCGCUCUGUGGAGCGUGACAAAGCUUCAAAGGAUGCCAAAUAUCAACUGGUAAAAGCGCUCGCCAAUUCCAAGACAAUUGCAGAAAUCUUUGGGAACCCAAAUUACUUGAGGCUCAGAACUUACCUGAGUGAAGGACCAUACUAUGUAAAGCCUGUUUCCACAACAGCAGUGGAAGGAGCUGAGUGAUCUCUUCUAGGUUUCAACAGAGAGGACCAUUUUUUUACCAGAAUUCCUCCAAAGAUGCUUAAUUCCAUGUAUAUUUUCCAAAACAUAUUUUCCUUCCCCCAAUUAUCAUGGACUGUCUAAUACAGAUUCUAAACUUUAUCACCAAAUUUUUUUGUGUUUUUCCAUUGAACUGUAGUGCAGAACCAAGAGUGGAA